CCUGGUUCAGAAUGCAAAAAGAGGUAUUUCGACAGACAGUGUGCCAUAUUUUUGGUACUAAGGGUUUUCCUUCGUCCAAUUCUGUGGGCCUUGGUUGUUGGCACUUGCCUUUUUCCCUGCAAGUCCGGAGUAACGGCUUACUUCCGUCGAUUUUUGAAACGUCAAAAGGAAAAUAGCUAUCCAUUUUGUCUAAGCGUUUUUCUCUUUCCUUUUAAGUUUUUUCAGUCGUCAAUAUCAACUUUGUUUGAUGCUCUGUGGCCCAAAGUGAUACCGUUUAUCAUAGUUUUUCUGUCCACUGGAGCAUUUAUGUUUUUGCACGAUUUUGGAUUAUUCGCCCUUUUCGGCCUCUUUUUGUCCACAAUCUACUCACUUUUAUCGGACGUGCUCGCUUUAAUUUCGUUUGUCUCAUCUCUGCGCGUCAUUACUGCCCUUUCUGUUGUGCUCAUAUUCACUACAAAAGUUGUUCAUCUGUAUACGAUACAAGGAAAUAUGAUAAUUUUGAUUAUGCGAUACAUUAUCUUUAUCAUGAUCUUCUCGUGUUGUGGCGUCCUUCAGCCUGUCUUUAUAAUCGCACUAUUCCUCCUCCUCAUAUGUAGUCGCAUAUUCUCCGAUGCGGGUAUGUACUGUUUGUAUACCUUUUCGUUGCUACGUUACUAA